AUGCUUCCCGGUCUAUGGCGACGACAACUUGGCGUGCUGCGAUGUCACGCCCAGCAACUCGACACAAGCAUUCCAUUAGCAUAUACCCGAUGUCUUUCCUCAAUUUUACCAAAUAUUGACGCUGACGCUGAGUUUGCAUUAGGCGUUAAGUUUCUACUGGGUAAAGCCAAAGACGCUGGUGAAGUUGGCAGCCCCACGUCGGUAAACGGUGCUAUCCUGCAUUGGACAAACGCUGCGGAGAAAGGACAUGUACGUGCUCAGGGUGCUCUAGGAAGUCUGUACCUCAAAGGCCACGCUGGUAUACCACGAAAUGUAAAGCUAGCUAUGCAAUUGUUGCAAAAAGCAGCCGACGCCGGUCACGAUGGCAGCUGUCACGAGAUUGGAAAGCUUUUUUAUCAUGGUCAUGACAACAUUCCGCGUGAUUUAAAACGAGCGUUGCAAUACUGGACUUUAGCAGCAGAAAAUGGUCAUAUGGCGGCUAGCUACGACCUAGGCUAUAUGUACGCACAAGGGCUACAUGUGACGCAGGACGAUAAAAAAGCUGUGCAGCUUUACCGUCAGGCCGCAAUCCAAGAUAUGCCUGAGGCUAAUUGGAUGCUGGGAAAAGCUUAUUUAAUUGGCCGCGGCGUUGAACAAAGUGCUGAAAAGGCAGUCAAAUAUUUCCGUCGUGCGGCAGAAGCUGGCAACGCGAACGCGCAGUUUGAUCUGGGCGCUUGUUAUAUGCUUGGACGUGGUGUUGAGCAAGAUCAUACGAAAGCGGCGCAAUACUUUUUUCUGGCUGCUGAAAGUAGCGUUCCUCAGGCACAAUUGUGUCUGGCUCAAUUAUUUGAGAAUGGAAACGGAGUUCAGGCCGACCAUACCAAGGCCGUAGAGUAUUAUCAGUUGGCGGCGAAGGGUGGACUACAGGAAGCAAAACAGGCACUUGAUCGUCUUGGCAACAAGCUCAGUAAAGACUGA